AUGGCUUUGAUGGGCAUACCGGGCGGUAUGGGUCUUAGUGUCACCAAGACAAUCACUCCGGGCGGCAGUGAAAACACUUCGAACACCUCAAUACUUCAAUGUGAUAUCUCUUCGCGUGUCGACUCUUUGCGCUCCAGCAUAAUCGCCACUAACGGUCCGAUCGAUGUGCUGAAUACUAUUGCAACGGCAAGUGACCAGCCAAAAACCUCCAGUGAGUCCAUCUGCAUCUUCUACCAGAACGUCCGUGGAUUGAAGUCCAAGAUCUCCGAAGUGUUCCUGAGUACCGCAGAGUUCUCGUACGACGCGUACGUUUUUACUGAGACGUGGCUUGACGAUCGCAUCGCCUCUCGCCAAUUGUUCAGCAAUGAUUAUAAUGUCUUCCGGGUUGAUCGUGGUGCGCAUAAUAGUUUACGGAAAAGAGGUGGAGGAGUUUUAGUAGCCGUUGCAAAAAACAUCAAUGCGGCCCCUGUUCAUCUAUCCUGCGGACAAGCCGUUGAAAAUUUAUGGAUCAAAAUCGCUUUUCAUGACAAGGUCAUUUUCCUUGGUGUUGUUUAUAUUCCGCCGAACAAUAGCAAGGAUUGCGACCACAUUCAAUUGCAUUUGGACACUGUUGUUGAAAUCGUGAACCGUUCUGACUGUAAUGAGAUAAUCCUCUUUGGUGACUUCAACCAACCUCGCGUGGAAUGGAGUGCAACUACAGGUGGUUACCUAUUCGCUGAUCCACUUUUAUCGUACUUUACACCAGCUUGUCGCACAUUACUCGAUGGUUUGUCGUUUUGCCGUUUGAGACAACGUAAUGCAGUUCGCAACUCCAGGGACCGAAUUCUUGACUUGAUUUACACUUCUGACUCUAUCACUAGUAGUAGUACUGCCGAAGAAGCUCCCGAACCUGUUGUGCGACUGGAUCCUGAUCAUCCUGCUCUUUUGUUAACCAUCAAGGGUCUGCCCGCUGUUGCUCAUACCAAUGACGUUGAUGCAUCCGAAUACAACUUCCGUAAAACUAAUUUUGACGCCCUCAAUGGAUUGCUCUGCCAAAUGGAUUGGUGUGAUGUAUACGCCACUGUGAAUGUUGAUGACGCAGUCACUGCUUUCAAUAAUAAAUUGCGUCGCUGUUUCUCUGAGGUGGUACCCCCAUUUAGACCUCCGAAAAAUCCACCAUGGUCUAAUGCGCGGUUAAGGUAUCUGAAACGACAACGUUCUAAAAUGCUAAAGAAAUAUUGUCUGCAUAGAAACCAGUUCUCCAAAUGCCAAUUUGAGGAAGCGAGUCGAGUAUACCGCUGCUACAAUCGACUGCUGUAUAGACGACAUCUCAAUCUGACAGAAAGUAGCUUACGCAGGCACCCGAAACGGUUCUGGACGUUUGUAAACUCUAAGCGGAAGGAUUAUGGUCUACCUACGUGUAUGAAGUUAGGUGAUCUAACCGCUUCCACUGUCGAUGGAAAGUGCGAACUUUUUGCUUCACAUUUCGGGAAUAUAUUCAACUCUACCGCAGCCCUCCAUGAUCCAGAUAUAAGCAACGCUGUUCGCUAUGCUCCCCCCGACGUUGUUGACGUGGAUGUUUUCAGUAUUCAUUCCGAGAUGGUAGCUGCGGCUCUCGCGAAGUUGAAGUCGUCAUAUAUUGCUGAGCCGGACGGCAUCCCAUCGUGUGUGCUGAAAAAGUGUUCCGGUGCUCUAGUAGAACCUCUGCAAGCGAUUUUCAAUCUCUCACUGCAACGUCGAACAUUUCCUACAAUCUGGAAAAGCUCGUGUAUGACGCCGGUAUACAAAAAAGGAGACAAAACGGAUAUUGCCAACUAUCGUGGGAUAACUUCGCUGUCUGCCGGGUCGAAAUGCUUAGAGACCAUACUGAACAAAGUGAUUUUUGAAGCAUGCAAAAACUACAUUACAUCAUCUCAGCACGGAUUCUUUCGCAAGCGAUCUGUGGAGUCGAACCUCUGUGAGUUUACUUCCUUCUGUAUCAGCAAGAUGGAUGCUGGUGUACAAAUUGAUCGUGGUUCGGCCACCAGCAACGAUGGACAGGCUGACGGCCCACCAGGCGAGGAAAGCGUGUAUGUUUGUGCCACCACCAUCGUCAGUAAGCUUUUUCGGUUGUUCGAGAUGGCGACACACAUGCAGCUUGAGAGAGAGAAAGAGGAAGAGGAAAAGUAA